AUGGAUCAGAAUGGACACCCGAGUGUCCAGGUCGUCAUCAACGCCCAUUCGCAGUCGCACGCGGGCUACGGGUCCAACGGGGCCAACAUGCCCUUCCAGCAAGCUCAGUCCCGUCCGCUUUCAGUAGACGAGGCGUUGCAGUACUCCUCCAUGUCUAGCGCGCCGGUAUUUGGUCUAGACUGUGUAAUUCGCCCUGACGUCGGCCGACCCUCUACUACCACCUCCAUCAACCAUGUGCUUCAAGCUGGCCGGAAUACCCUGAGUGAACUGGAUGAGGAGAUACAGUCUGGACAGGACGAGUCGAACCACCUCGAGACCUCUCGUGAAUAUCUUCAACAAUUGCUGGAUGGGGACCAGUUGACAGAAUUCAAAUUCAAGCUACCUUCCGCUCUUUCUCGGAACAACUCCCAUACCAGCACCCCCGAUGGCAAGCCCGCAACCCAUACUGGACUCGGCCCGUUCGCCCAGAUGAUGCUGAACACCACGGAUAUUGCAUUCAGAUACCCGGAAGUUGCCUCGACCAAUGUCAAAGCCGAGAAGAGAGACGUCCCCAAGAAGGCCCCAACUGAUCACCACCACCAAACACCUUCUCAGAUUCCUUCGAAGCCCUCGUCUGUUAUCACCCAAACUUCAAGUCAGAUCUCAGUUGUGGUCCCCGUGAAGCCAACAACCGUCAAACCUGGAAAUCAAGCCGCCGUGAAGCAAAAACGCAGCGUGGACAGCGAGAUGACAGCUAUCCGCCUUAAAGAUCAGAAGGCUGAGGCAGACGACGCGCUCAUGAAACUGCAAGAUCUCUUACUCGAAAUAUUUGAAAUCGAAGACCAGAUUGAUCCUGACAUGACGAUUGAUCCAACCCGACCGAACCCUACCUUUGUCAACGCCCGAUCCUUAGAAAUUACCGGCAUGAUAUUGUCUUCCGAUGCUCACACUCGCCUCCAAAAGGCUAUUCGGAAGGUAGCUGGCUUUGAUCGGCUGCCCGACAUUCCCUCAGACUACCUAAACCGUGUACAAAAGCUGUGCGAGAAACCAAUUAUUGCCGCGCAGGCUCCGGAUCUGAGCCUCAACGACUCCUUAAACGAAUCUGAAUCCCAGGACUGGAUCAGCAGGGUUGAUGAUGUGCUGAAUGCCAUGCUUGCAAUUGGUACUCUCCUCCAGACAAUGUCGGGACGCCAAACGGAACGUGAUCUUUGUCCCGAGGAUUUGAUCGAGGCUAUUCCAAAUGUGUUGAAUCAAGCCUUCGACAACUGCAUUAUCCCCGCAGUGGAAGCGCGCUCUAAUGGGAAAGAUUCCGAACGCUUCUCUUUCUUCGCCAGCCAGAAACGGAUCAUUGGUAGUCUGAUCAAUCAGAGCAAGAAAGUCCUCACCCUGUUUGCCGACUUUUUGUCUCGUAUUGAAGUCUCGGAAGGGACCAUCACGUCGGCUGAGUUCUUUGCAGCGAAGUUGAUUUUUGUGGAAAAUGCGCAUAAUGACAACCAAUCUGCUGUCGGCUAUCAAAAGUACGAACCUGCACGUCGCGGCGCAAUGGACGUGCUGGCAAAAAUUUUCUCCAAAUACCCUGAUCAGCGUCCAUUCAUCUUGGACGAAAUUUUGGUCUCGUUGGAAAAGCUUCCCUCCACGCGUCAAAGCGCUAGGCAAUUCAAGCUUGCCGAUGGCAAGAACAUCCAGCUUCUCACAGCCCUGGUCCUUCAACUCGUGCAAACUACUGCUCUGGAAGUACCACGAGCGUCGAAGGCCAAGCGCCGCCUUCAAGCGCAAGGCCAUGGCGAAGACGAAGACGAAGCCAUGACUGACGGCAAUGGAACCAAAAGGGAUGAUUCCGAGGACGAGCAAGAACUGGACGAAUCUUUGGAGCGUUUGGCCACAAAGGCCAAUCGCCUGUAUGAUAACGCGUCUCGCAGCGCGCAAUACAUUGUCAAAUUCAUCGUUCAGCGCGCCAUGACAUCCACAAAGAGUGGUGACCAACCAUACCGCAACAUCCUUGACCUCUUCACCGAAGAUUUGAUCAAUGUACUCGGAUCGACAGACUGGCCUGCUGCUGAGCUUUUGCUUCGAAUCAUGGCAUCACACAUGGUUAACAUCGCGGAUCAAGAAAAGAGCCCGGCCACCGCGAAGAGCAUGGCUCUGGAACUUCUGGGCUGGAUGGGAUCUGCAAUUUCUGAUCUCAUCGCCACGGCGCAACAUAUGCUUCCGGCUUUGGAGGAUGGUGACGCUGAUAUAACCGACUACCUCAAACAGCAGUUUGACGAUUUUACAUCCCGAGCUCUCCACCCACAAGAUCUCGUUGCUCCCAACGGUCCGUAUCGUAUGGCUUUGGAGUAUCUGUCGCACGACAAGAAUUCGGACAAUUGGCAGUUAGCGAGCGCACGAGGCUUUUAUCUAGCCACAUGGGCCAAAACCGUUUGCUCCCUAUACUACAAUGCCGAGGACAAGGAAGAAAUGGCCCAUGACGACAUGACCGAUGACUUGGUGGUUCUCCUUUCAAAGUCAUUUCACGAUUCCCGCUGGUUGGAAACCCACCGCCAGUUCGAUUCAAUCUCGAACGUUCACGGCAGAUUCGCGUACAUCUUGACUGUCUUGAACUCGAGUUUUGGUAAAGCCUUUAAUACGAUACUCAAAGUGCUUUUGAACUCUAUUGCCAGCGAUCAAGCAAAGGUUCGAACCCGCAGCUUGAAGAGUGUAAUCUACAUGCUUGAGAAAGAUCCAAACCUUCUUGACCGCGAUGCUUCGGUCAUGCGAGUUAUUCUCCGAUGCACAACAGACGCCUCUCCAAUGGUCCGAGACUCGGCCCUUUCGUUGAUUGCGAAGUGUAUCGGUCUCAAGCCGAAGCUUGAAGAGGACGGAUGUAGAAGUAUCCUCGCAUGUGCAGCUGACCCUACUGCUGGUGUUCGGAAGCGUUGCAUUAGUCUGCUAAAGGAAAUUUACCACAAAACGUCUCGACAUGAAUUGAAAUUGGCAAUUCUGGACAGUUUCCUACAACGCACAGGAGAUCACGAAGAGAGCGUUGCGACUUUGGCACGUCAGACAUUCGAGGAAAUUUGGCUUGUUCCUUUCCACGAAUCCAUCGAGUCUACCUCGGAUGGACCCAAACUCAAGAUGGCUCUUGGCGAGCAAGUUGGCUUGAUUGUCAGUCUCGUUCAGCGCAGCGAUGCCGCUCUCGAUUCUCUUAGCACUUGCCUGAAAGCUGUGUUGUCAGACAAGUCGAAGUCGGCAUCUUUGAACUUCAAGGUCUGCAAGUCCAUGGUGGCCAUUAUGUUCCAAAGACUCGUCGAAGAUGCAGAUGCCUCGGGAAAAGAUUUCCAGCAAGCUCUUCUCCAGACGAUAACCGUUUUUUCUAAGGCAAAUGCAAGACUGUUCAGUCCCGACCAGUUGGAAGCUCUGCACCCCUAUAUUGGUCACCUUGCUACUGCGGAUGAUCUGUUCAUAUUCCGCUCAGUUGUCGUCAUUUAUCGCUGUGUCCUGCCACAUCUUUCUUCCGCGCACAAUACACUCCUCAAGGAAGUACAGAACGACCUCUUCAAGAGUGUAGCCAAGCUUGCACGAGCCGAAUUGAAUGAAGUCAUGGCCUGUUUGUGGACAAUCAAUAGUGUUUUGCAGAAUACAGACCGACUGGUCAAGCUUACGGUGUCUGUGCUCAAACCGCUACAGCAAUACAAAGCCUUGAAGGACUUGGGAGCAGAAUCGAAUGCCUCUGUGCUUGCUCGUGCAAAGAGUUACAUCCGAAUUGCUGGUUGUGUUGGUCGACACUGCGAUCUCGAGAAAUACUUUCCUCAUUUCAAGAGCUCGUUCCCCACCUGGUCCGGCAGCACCGUGGCCGAUUUGAUGGUGGACUCCAUCUUACCUUUUACAUCCUUCAAUCAGCCAUUUGAUCUGCGAGUCAUGGGUCUAGAAAGCUUGGGAUCAAUUUGCCAAUCUUGGCCCGGCCAGUUCGGCCGAGAUCCUACGCGAAAAACAUUUGCUCAAGUCUUCAAGGAGGAUGCACCGGGUCUGCAGAAUAUUGUGCUACGCUCAUUCGCAGACUUCUUUUCCAUCCACGAAGGAAGAGCCGAGAAGGCAGUUAUGCCGACUGCCGAGGCUGCUGCUCAGGAGGAUUCUACUCGGCUGGGGGGCUCGCUUAGGGCCAGCGAUAAUGACGGAGCCGCAGCAUUGAUCGCUCAGCACUUCUUAAAGAACAUGCUUAAAGUGGCGCAAUCGCGCCAAGACACAUAUUCGCUUACAGCUAUCGAGCUGAUUGCGUCUAUCAACCGACAGGGACUUGUCCAUCCCAAAGAGUGCGCAGGUGUUCUGGUCUCUCUGGAGACCUCAACUGUGCCGGCAAUCGCCAAGGUCGCCUACGAUACCCAUAAGAUGCUCCAUUCGCAAUUCGAGUCCAUGUUCGAACGAGAAUACAUGCGAGCUAUCCAGGAAGCUUUCUACUACCAGCGUGAUGUGGUUGGCGACUCUAACGGCGCAAGUGCUCGACCGUACGUGGCCAAGUUGGCACCAUUGUUUGAAAUCGUCAAGAUCAGUAACAGCAAGUAUCAAAAGAAGUUCUUAUCGAGCCUGGCAUUAAAGGUCAAUUUCGAGCUUAAGGAGCUCGACCCAUCCGGAGACCCGCCAGAGCAUCUGCUCUUGGCUCGGUUUAUUUCUCAGAACUUGGCAUUCUUCGAGUACAAUCAGUUGGCUGAAUUGGUUCCCACUAUCACUGCUAUGGAACGCAUCGUUUCAUCGACAGGUACCGUUGUCGCUCAUGCCAUUGAGGUGGAUAUUUUCCCAAGCCCAAUUGGUCCGCCCGUGAUCGACACACCGACUGGAAUGAUGGGACUUCCCACGGAGAUGGCGAUGCAAACCAGCAUGCCACAACAAGUCGAUCCGACUACCCUGCGAUUACUCGCUACGGCCGCUGCAUCCCUCUCGAUGCUUUGGGAGGCACGAACUUACCUGCGACGUCUGUACAACGUCAAUUCUCAAACUAAGGACAAGGACGGAAAGGCGGCCGCCAAGGAGCUCAACAAGGCCGCGUCCAAGUCUCAUGGCGUUACCGGCGACAAAUUCUGGGAAGCCAUCGCGAGAAACAUGGCUGCUCUCAGCAGCCAAGGUGCUAUGGUUGCUAAGUGUCGAGAAUUCUCAACCCUCCUCGCCAUAGAUGAGGAGUUCAAGGUCGACCGAGGCGAUGAUAUUGAAGGGGAUAGUCUUGAUGCUAUCGGCGAGGCUGAUGAAAUGAUGACUGGCCCUGAUAGUACCCGUCCACCGAAGCGCAAGAGCUCAGUUUCGAGCACGGGCGUUAACAAAAAAUCUAAGAGCCGGAAGUCUUCCAUUGGCAAGAAAAGGUUCAGUAAUGAGCCUGAUGAGGCAUGGGACUGA